AUGAACGAACCUUCGUGGAGCCACCAGCUCGUCCCUCGCCGCAACCCGCACGCACACCUCGUGCACCCUUCGCCUGUGCGCGCGCACUCUUUCCCCUUUGCUACCUUCUCCGGCGCAGGCCUGUACGCCUCGUCACACCCCUCGGCACUCGCCCUCCAAGCCUGGUCGCUGUCCAGCUCGACCACCGGCAACAACUCACCCUACACUUCACCCUCCACCACCAUCCGAACAUCCCAUUCAAACUCGUACUCAUACACGCACUCGACUGCCCACCCUCAUUCCCACUCGCUCUCGGCCUCGAGCCUCCACCACCUUCCCUCCCCUCCCCUAUCGGCCUCCGCCAUGCCUGAUCCAUGGACUGCCGAGCGCGUCUCGGACCCCGAGGACGACAUGCACCCCUGGGGUCUGAACGGGUCCGCCGCCGGCCUGCCCCCCGUCGGUAUCCCUCCCAAGGCCCAACAUCACCCACAACUAGUACCGCACUCGCCCAAGAUGCCCAACGGGCGUGCAUACUCGCCUGCAUCCAAAAAGCCCAUCCCGCUUGAGGUCUGGGCCUCGGUCAUGGAUCUCUGUAAAGGCCGCGACAAGGUCCUGAAAACGGUCCAGUACACCCUCCGAACGUACCUCUACAUCCUGGGCCUCAUUGCGGGCGUGCGUCCGCUGUCCAAGUUCUUCACAGCAAACCAAAAACGCAUGAAGCUCGCUACCGCAGGGUUGAGUUUGACGCGCAAGUGUUUGUUGCUCCUCAACCCGCUGCGACCCAUGAUCGCGCUCGUCUCACCAGAGCCAACAAGUGCACGAGCGUUCCUUGGACAUCUCAUCGACCUUGUUGGCGCCUUGUCAGACGAUGUGUUCUGUCUCUCCAAGCUCGGCUUGGUGUCCAAGCGCAAAGGCGCCGUUGCCGACCGCUGGGCCAACCGAGUAUGGUUCUACUCGACCGUCACGGGGCUCUGCAGCCUGUGGGCAAAGCAGGGCACGCGCCGUACGGAGAGUGAGAAGAGGGCCGACGACCUCCAGCGCCAGAAGUAUCUGUGCGAUCUGGUGUUUGUGUCAUAUGACAUCUUUAACGUAUCGUGGAUGAAGGAGCCAGUGCAGUGCUGUGUGGGCCUCAUUGCAGCCAUCAUCUCCACGAGCCAGCUGUAUAACAAGCAGUACGUCGCGCUAGUCAAGCGGUGA